CUGAGUGACCUUUCAGGCAGAAUUUAGAUCAAAUACUCAUACUACUGCUGCCUGUUGCUGAGUGGAAGACAGCAGAAAACCCUGGAUUCAAACCUCCCUUAGGUUUUUGUUUUCCUUGUUUUGUUUUCUUUCAUUUUGCUUUAAGAAGAUGAACAAUGAAACCACAACCCUGAUAUCCUUGAAGAAGGCAAUGAAAAGAGUAGACCACAAACUCCAAGCUUUAGAAGCACAGUUUAAAGAACUGGACUUCAUCAAGGAUAGUUUGACGCAGAAAUUUGAACAUCAUAGCAAGGCUUUGGCAAGCCAGGCAGCCCAAGAUGAGCUGUGGACAGCAGUUCUGGCACCCAAAUUCACUUCAAUGGAACUGAAUAUUUUACACAGCUACGUUAUUGAUGUACUCGUCUGCUUGCACACCCAUGUGGUUGAGAAGCUGCCAGACCUGGUGAGAGGUCUUCCCACCUUGGCCUCUGUCCUAAGACGAAAAGUCAAGAACGGGCGCAUUAGAGCUGUGUGGGAGUCUGUCCUGGAGGAGUGCGGGCUGCAGGAAGGAGAUAUCAGGGCACUUUGCACCUUCUUUAUUGCACAUGGUAACAAGACGGAAUACUAUGUUGCUAAGGUGAGGCACAUGUAUAUCAGAGAUGUCAGUGUCCUGAUCACUAACAUGGUAAAGAACCAGUCUCUGCAGGGCGUUUUGCUGAGGGCUGUUCAGGUCGUUGAGAAGGGGAAAGCAGUGAGUGCUCCCGAAGAGCCGAAGUCCUCCCUGAAAGAGUUGAUACCAUCUGUCAAAAACUAACUUUGAUGACCAAGAGAUUCUUUUUCUAGUAGUUUAUCUUGUAAACUGGGGAAGACGAUGUAUGUACAAUGUAUUACAGGUUAAUUUUUAUAGCAAAAGUGAGGGAGCCCAAACAAAAUAUGAUAAAUUGAUAUAGUGGAUACUUUCUGUGUAGCAAUAUAAGAGAAUGAAGAGAAUGAUGUGGAGCUAUCACCAAGAUGCGUUAUUUUAAAAUAUUUCUGAUAUAUUGUUAAGUGGAAAAAAAGGGCAAAAAUAAAUACACACACACACACACACACAGCUAAUAUAUCCAUAAAUUUCAUAAGCUGCUUCUGGAGAGAUAUGUUACAAAGUAAGAACAUUGGUUGUCUCAGGGAGAAAAAUGAAGAGGCUAGAGGUCAAAGGUAGGAGAAAUUCUCACUCUCAAUCCCUUUUGUACAUUUUGAAUUUUGAACCAUGUGAAUGUACUAUAUAUUA